GUGGAGACCAUCGGGGACGCCUACAUGGUGGUGUCCGGUCUGCCGGUGAGGAACGGGAAGCUGCACGGCCGCGAGGUGGCCCGGAUGUCCCUCGCUCUGCUGGACACCGUCAAGAGCUUCAGGAUCCGCCACCGAGCCAAUCAGCAGCUGCGGCUACGCAUCGGCAUCCACAGCGGUCCAGUGUGUGCAGGUGUGGUCGGGCUGAAGAUGCCCAGGUACUGUCUGUUCGGAGACACGGUCAACACAGCAUCACGCAUGGAGUCUAACGGAGAGGGUAACACACACACACACACACACACACACACCUGA